CAGCUUUCAACGCUGGAUCAACCACUGUUCCUGUAGCCGAAGCUCUCGCUCUUCGUAAUAGCCUCAUUGAAGCAAAAAGGAGAGGCUUUACAAAGGUGGAGAUUGAAGGUGACUCCAAGCUUGUGUUAGAUGCCAUUAAUGGCCACUCUACACCCCCUUGGAGAAUUCGCAAGCUUUGUCAAGAUAUCAAGGCUCUUCGAAGCUCUUUUGAGUUUGUUAGUUUCAAGCAUGUGUUUAGAGAGGCAAAUUUUGUGGCAAAUGCCUUUGCCAACCUUGGUCAUAGGUUAGAGAACCAUCGUGUCUGGGAGGAGUGUGUUCCCCCAGAUGUGGCGCUAGCUUUAACCUUUGACUAUGUAAACUCCGGAUGCGCUAGAGGCACCUCUAUUUAG